UUGAGAAAAAAGAUGUCACUGCUCUUCCGAAUGUAGAAAAUUGUUUGAAUUUGGUUGUUCCGGGAAAAGAUGCAACAGACUCAGAUCAAAUCCUCAGCCUUGGAGAACUCUGUGAGUUACAGUCAAAAUUAAUGUUGAUUGCCGGAGAGGCAGAAAAAGGUCAGCGUAAUGUCAACAUAUUUGUAGAAAACUUGACUUCCAUCCAGAAAUUAACAGAAGUAUAUGUGAAAUUACUUGAAUCUGGAUGCAUGCUAUUCAAUGAGUGGUGUCUCACAGUCAGAUGUCUGAGUGAAUUGAGCAAUAUCACAAACUCGAUUAAAAUUGACAUCAAAUUUACUUCUGAUACUCCAUUGAUCUCUUCUGUUGGAACUCACACAGAUUUGGACAAACUUACUGGAAUAUUAUCAGAAUCUUUGCAAGGAUGGAUCGAUUAUGUUUCAACAAAACGAAUGGACUUCUACUACCUGAAUGAAUACAGUAUUCAGCAAAUACUUCAUCUAUGUAGACAACUUCGUAUAUUCAAGCAAACAAAACAUUUGCCUGCACAGGUUUUUGCUCUUCUGUCGUUUGUGCGAAAUGAUUUCACUCCCGAAGAUUUAGUAGAAUGUUUAGAAAAUUUAACUGAGACUAUAGAUGAUUCACAAAUGAAAGUUGACAUUGGAGCUGGUGCAAUGGAACUGGAAUCAGAAGAUGACAAUCUGUCUGAUGAUGAAUCAGAGGAUGAGAAUUUGUCUGAUGAUGAAUCAGAGGAUGGGAAUCUAUCCGAGGAUGAAUCAGUUGAUGAAAAUGAACUGAUAGAACAUCAGCAAGUAACUCAAACUGAAUUGAAGAAACGUCUUGAAAAAGUUAGAAGUUUAGUACGUGAUGGGAUUGAUGAAAAUCUAGCCAAAGCUGCUGUUCAAUCAGAAGGAUGCGAUGAUUUGUCAAAAUUACAAUAUUGGGCUCUUUUGCAUGAUGGAGAAGAUGAUUUAAUUCAAGGGCUUUGUUCAACUUUUAACGAUGCCAUUGAAUUAAAUCAAGAAGAAAGUUUAGAACUUCAAAUGCUGGCAUCAGCUUUAAGUACAAGUGGAAAUACUUUGUUGGGAGUGAUCGGCAGAUUACGAAAAAAUAUUAUAUCAACUAUUGGAAGUAAUUUUUUGGAUUCUGUCAACACUAUAUGCAAUGGCUAUUUGGACGAAGCUAUUGGAAUCGAUUUAGAGGACUACCUAAGUAUUGAACAACUGGGCAAAUGCUUAGACAAUUUGAGCCAGGAAGGUCAAUCUCAUCGUCAACUAAUUCCUGGAUUAAGACAUGGCCAGCCCAAUCUUCUAGUUUGCAAUGAAGAAGAUAUUCUCCCUACAGUGCUAUCGUUGUACAUGAAUAACAUUGAUCAACCUUUACCUGGGAGAUCAGAAGUUGUUAUAUGCAAUGAGGAAACAACUGCAGAUGAAGUUGAAAGAUUUUUUCGAAGAGCAAUGUGUUCUUGUCAGCAUAAUAAUCAGCAUUUGUUCACUUUGGCUUUUGCUGAUAAAUUGAAAUUGGAAGUUUCAACAGCGGUAGAAGAAAUAUUUCGGAAAUUGUCAUCUUGUAACGAAGAAAAACUUAAUAAAAAGUAUCAACUUGUAAUUGUAACAAGCAGUCAAAAGCAUUAUCUCUCAACUUGUUUUGACAAGUAUCUUGCUGAUGGUAAGUGGAGUGCUUCAAUGAGUGAAAUACAAGAUUAUUUGAAAAUGCAUCUUGAAAAUAGGAAAACACAAAUGAAAAAACAUGACAAAACUGGACUGGACAAUUUUCUUGUAAAAGUUGUAAUGUCGGAUAGAUCUGGAGUUGGAAAAUCAUUAUAUGUAAAACGAGUUAAAGAAAAGCUCGAAGAUUCUGUGAAAAAUAAACUUCAUUCUACUACAAUACGUUUACUUGAGAACAAACUGGACUCUGACUACAUUAUUGAAAAAUUGAAUGACAUAAACAGGCAUAAUGAAACUCGGAAAGACAGUGUUUCAUUGAUUCACAUUGACUUGACACCUGCUGUUCAACAUGGGAUAAAAUCUUUCGCAUUCAAUCUUUUUGUUCUUGGAAGUAUCCAAGGUAGUCGAGGACAAGUGUGGAAAACACAUCCGAAUCAUUUAUACUUUAUUGAAAUGACAGAUUUUGGCUCAACUGGAAAAAAAAGAUUUUCGAAUCAACAUAUAUUGAAUAUGUUGCCCUAUGUGAAAUGUUUUUCUCCGCAAGAGAUAUUGAAUGGAUGCAAUAAAAAUUUUGAUGAACAAAUUGGUAUGGAUGUCGAAGAAUUUUCAUCUGAAACAUUUCAAAGGCCAUAUCAAUAUCUACUGAGACAUGAUAACAAACAGGAUCUGGAUCUUUUUGCCUAUUCUACACCAGAAGGGAACCAAGAUAACUGCAUUGAAGUCUUACUACGUCACUGCUGCAUGCAAAAUCCAUCUUGGGCUCAACUUCGGCACUUCUGUAGCUUUCUCAACGUACAGCUACAAAAUUGUGAAAAAUCUGUGUUUUGCACCAGUCCAGCUAUAAAACAAGAUUUGAAUGGAUUGAAAGAAUUUGCUGUAAAGUUAUGAUAAGAAUGGCC